AUGCAACUGUUAUUCUUCUCUCAGUAUGAGACAACAGAAAAUUAUCAUCAAAAACAACAAAAAUUAUAUGAAGGAUGGAUGCAAACUACACAAAAUUUAAUAAAAAAUCAAACUGGAAUUAAAUUAUUUCAGAUUGCUAAAGAAUUAUUAAGUCGUUCAGGUGGUACAAGUCAAGUGUUAAGUUUAAAUUUAAGCAAUGUAUUUUUAUUACUUUUGCUUAAAGUUUUAAUUAUAAUAGCUGGAUUAUUGGGUACUGGUCAUUAUGGAUAUUCAGGUUAUGGUUACGGACGAUAUUCUGCUAGAAGAUCAAUUGAAAAUGUAUACGAUAUCCAUGAAAAUUGGUUUACUAAUAUAGAAAAAGAUUUAUAUAAAGGAUUUUUUAUUGCAAGAAAUUUUGGAGACUAUAAUUGUUUAGCUAAAGCAAUUUGUGAAAAUCCAAAGGUUGCUAAGCAAUAUACGCAAGCAAGUCGGGCUCUAUUAAAUGGAAUACAAAAAUUUUCUGGUGAAAAUGUAAACAGUUAUCCAGAAUAUGAAAAUUUAAUUGCUUUCUUUGAAAAAACUUCGAAAGAAAAUUUUACAAAUGUUGAGUGUGGCGAACGUUUUACCUGCAUAAUAUAAAAAUUAUGCAUUUACAAUAUGUAAGUAUGUACUAUAUUACAUAGUCUA